AUGCAUUUCACCCCCUCGGUUGCAGCCUUAUGCAUCGGGGCCUUGUCAAACUUUGCCCAUGCUACCUCAUCCAAGAAUUGUUGCACAGCUUUGGAAGCUACUGCCCUGAAGAGCCAGGUAGCCUAUCCCAACAGCGCUGCUUACAAGGAAUCGAUCGGCUCGUACUGGGCUGAGAAUGUUCAGCUGGAGCCAACCUGUGUUUUGCAGCCACGGACUGCCAAAGAGGUUUCUCUCGCUGUUUCCACACUCGUUGCUGCUGAUGGUGGGUCUUGCAAAUUCGCUGUUCGCGGAGGUGGCCACACUACUUGGGCGGGAGCGAGCAAUAUCGCUGAUGGUGUGACAAUUGAUCUGUCAUUGAUGGACACCACCACUUAUAACGAAAAAGCUGGCAUUGCGUCUAUUCUUCCUGGAGCUCGCUGGGGAAGCGUCUACAAGACUCUGGCGAGGUACGACGUGACAGUGCCCGGUGGCCGCUCUGGUGUUGUAGGUGUUGCCGGAUUUUUGCUCGGUGGUGGCAAUACCUUCCACACUUCGCGUGUUGGAUUUGCUUGUGACAACGUCGAGAACUACGAGGUUGUUUUGGCUAAUGGAACCAUCAUUGAAGCUAACAGGGAUUCCCACACGGAUCUCUUCAAGGCUCUGAAGGGUGGAUCCGGUAACUUCGGCAUUGUCACCAAGUAUGACAUGAAGGUCAUCGAAGGCGACAAACUUUGGGGUGGUCUUGUCACAUACGACAACAGUACUAGCUUGAAGCAUCUUGAGGCUGGUCACGAGUUCAUCAAUAACCUAGAAAAAGACCACGACGCUUCUUGGAUUGGUAUGUGGGAGUACAUAUCUGUGACCGACCAGAAUAUGAUUGCCAAUGCCCUGGACAGCACGAUGCGUCUGACCAACCUUUGGAACCUUACUGAGGAGAUAACCCAGGCAUCUGGAUACCGCGACGUUUUCGUCACUGCUACAUUUGUGAACAACCUCGAUGUGAUGAAAAAAACCGUCGACAUUCACAACAGAAUGAUUGAGGAGGCCAGAGGAAGCACCAAGGGCGAUGACUAUACCAUGUUUACUAUGAUUCAGCCUUGGCCCAAACUUUUCACCGACCACAGCAUUGAGAAAGGUGGCAAUAUGCUGGGCCUUGAUCGUUUUGAUGAGAACUUGUUCCAGGUUUUGAUUGACUACUCAUGGAAGGAUGAGGCCGACGAUGCCUUGUUCAACAGACUGGCCAAUGGCGCUCUCGAAGAGUUGGUCAAUUACUCCAAGUCAAUUGGAGCCGACAAUGAGUUCAUUUACCUGAAUUACGCGAACAACAACCAAGAUCCUCUGUCAUCCUACGGCCCCAAGAAUGUGGAGUACAUUCGGACUAUUGCCAAGAAGUACGACCAGACCGGUGUUUUCCAAACCCAGGUGCCUGGCGGGUUCAAGAUCAGCGCUGUGGGUCACUGA